AGGUAAGAGAGCUCUAAACUGAUAAGAGAGAAAAUGCAUGGGAAAAGAUUUAUAUUCUUGCAGAAGGUGAAAAUUAAAUGAAAAGAGAAGGGAGAGACUGAAGAGGAAAAUCAAAGAGAAAGAGGAGGAUAGUAACAAUCGGCAAGUCAAUCAUUGCUUCAUCUUAAUAAAAUUUCCCUUUUUUUUUCUUUACAUGAAAAGCUAUGAGAUGAAUAUUUCUUUGUCUUUUUUUGAGGAUAUGAGAUGAUUAAUGAUUUUGAUCGUUAAGGAAUUUUCCAGGAUAAUAAAGAGUUCAUUUCGUUUUCGUUUAAACGAAAUAGUGAGCUACUGCUAUCAAGAUGAUCAAGCUACAGAGUCUACUGACAAAAAAGGGCAGCGACACUUUCUAGGAUGAGAAGGGCCAUGGUGAAAUCUCCCAAAUUUUCGUUUCUGAUAAUGAAGAUUGUAUUAGUUGCAUUCAAUUUUAGUGUGUUCAAAAUGGCUCUUUGGUGCUUUCUCCUCCAUAUGGUGCACCUCACGGCCCCAAUUUUUACUCUGUUGAAUUCAAUUACCCAUCAAGAGUUCCUCGUAAAGGUGAGUGGUAAAUACACCAUCUAUGGUGUCAGGUUCAUAACAUUUACUACCAACAAAGGUACUUAUGGGCCAUAUGGUAACGUCGAACCUCCGUUUGGAACAAGGUUAUGUGAGUUCAACUUUGACAUGGGAAACAGGAGGCAAUUUGGUGGGUUUCAUGGAUCAUUCGCUACGCAAGGACUCACGUCAAUUGGAGUAUAUAUCAACCCCGCCACCACACCUGAGACUUCACCUGCCGAAAUCUCAAAUUCCGUAUCGGAUAUUCCCAAGACUGGGAAUUGUGAAAAGGCAAAGUUCAGCUGCAGUUGUUGUAUUGUUAAUAUAUUCAAGAAAAUUAUCAAAAUCUUGGAUUAAUUUGUAUGGUACUAUGGCCUAAUAUUGGCCUUUGAUAGUGUGAUUUAUAUAUACUUGUUUGGAAUUGGACGUUCCCUAA